AUGGGCGAGAUUGCGCCGCUGCGCCUCGCUGACCGUUCGUGGGACAACGUAGGAAUACUAGUGGAGUCCCCUGACGCAAAUAACUCCGGUAUCGUCGUCUUGACGAUCGACCUCACCCCGGAGGUUAUGGAGGAGUGCCUGCACCACAACGCCGAGGUUGUUGUCGCGUACCAUCCACCCAUUUUCACUCCCUUAAAGCGCCUCACACUGGCGGAUUCUAAGCAGAGGAUUAUUCUGCAAACGGUGCGUCAUGGAGCGUCCAUCUACUCUCCACACACCUCCCUCGACGCGGCAGUGGAUGGCAUCAACGACUGGCUUGCGUCCAUUGUGGAUGCAGAUGGGGAGCGGUGCCCCAUUCAACCCUGCGAAGGCGCCAACGAGAAUUAUGAUGACCUUGCGGCUGUUGGUAUCGGCCGUGUCGUGACACUACGGCAGCCCAAGCGGAUGGCGGUGCUGGUGGAUGACAUCAAGACUGGCCUUGGCAUCCCCACCGUACGCGUCGCGCUGCCGGAGGGGUGGGGCAGCAACACGCCUGUGCGGUCGGUCGCGAUCUGCGCCGGCAGUGGCUCUGGUGUGUUCCGUGCUCUGAAGGAACAUGUGGACUUACUCUUCAGCGGGGAGAUGGGGCACCAUGAGGUGCUUGCCGCCAACGCCAAGGGACAGGGCGUCAUUCUGUGCGAGCACACCAACACUGAGCGAGGCUACUUGGCGAAGCAGCUGCUCCCCCGGCUGCAGCAGAGCCUCGGCAAUGAGGUGCGUGUCAUGGUGUCGGCGAAGGACAAGGAUCCGCUCGUCGUGUGGUGA